AUUCUCACUAUCAUUCAUUACAUGCCGUCAAAACAUGAAUCCUUUUCCUUUUCCUUUUCCUUUACCCUCUCUAUUUCUAUCUCUCAACAACUACCCCACCACCGUCGACCACUUUUUCCUGCAAAUUCCAUAUUUCUCCCAGAAUCCCUCUUUGUAUUUCAGUUUCAUCCUUCUCUCUCUCUCCUCUCCAAUUUAGGAUUUUCAAAUUCCAACGCGAUCGCUCAGAAUCAGAAACCCUAAUUUUUAAUUAAGAAAAGGAAAUCAAUCAGAAUCCUCACCGCGAUCGUUGUAUCUCUGCCAUUCUGAUACGCAGAUGAAGAACACGAGGAAGAAGAAGAGAAGGCCUCGAGUCUCUAAUCCCGUCGCCGGCGACAAUGGCGGCGUUGUUCCGACUGCCGAAGAGGACGAACAGAGUAAGAUCUUCAAAGCCUUAGCGGAUGCUUUCUCUUUGGCUUCUCUAGACGACGCCGAUUCGGCCCUCCGCCAAGCCAACGGCGAUCCUGACAAAGCUGCCGAGAUAUUAUCAAUGAGCUUGGGUUACAGUGCGGAUGACCCGUCCACGACGUCGGGUUCGGGUUCAAGUUCGGGCGCGAGUUCGGGUGCGAGCUCGUCGGGCUCGUCAGAGGGGUUUGUGGAGACCGGGUGCAUUCAGAAUGUGAUGAACGGGAAUGGUGGGUUUAGGGGGACGAAGCAGAAGAGAGUUGUUGCGUCGACGGGGUCGAUCUCGACGUUGUUGGGGAAAGAUUACGUGAAGUCAAGCCUACGGAGGGACUCGAAGAACAACUCCAAAGGGUUUGGUAACGGUAAAGGCGUUGUCGACAAAGAAGAGGCUGAGCAGUUUUUGUGUUCGAUGCUUGGAGAUGAAUGCGAGCUCAGCUUGGCUGUUGUUAGAGAUGUGCUCUGUCAAUGUGGAUAUGAUGUUGAAAAGGCCCUAGAUGCGUUGAUUGAAUUAUCAUCUUCCACCUUUGAGCAGUCUAGGAAUGAUAGUUACCUCAACAAUAGUGUUAACUAUAAAGAAGAUAUCAGAUUUCUUAUUGAACGCAAAGACAGUAUUACUGACAGGGCUUCCGAUUGCACAUCUUAUUCUUCUGAAAGUGAAGUCCAGGAUAGUAUAUGGUCUGUGGGGUAUGGUUGCAGGAAUUAUGCAACGGUUCUUGCUAAUCCUGAAGCUAAGUCUCCAACUGGCCCAACAAUUACUGAGUCAGAGCUCCCUCAGAAGGUUUUGGAAUCUUUGUUUAAUGUCUCCAAGAGUCCUGAAUAUGAGCCAAGCACAAUGAAUUGGAGGAAUGUAGUAAAGAAACUGCAGUCAUUGGGGCCUGGGAUUGAUGUUUAUCCUUCUGGUGUUGCAGAACCGCAGCAGAAUACUUGCGCCAAAGGAGAGGAAUAUCACGUGUUCAGAACAUCUGCUAAGCAACAUUGGGAUUCAAUGAGGUCUUGCUAUCAGAAAGCUGCAGUGGCAUUUUCAAAGGGAGAGCGGCAGUAUGCAGCCUAUCUUUCUGACCAGUGUAAGCCACUGCAUGGAGGAGCGGUUAACAUUAUAUUGUCGCUAGAUAUCCAAUGGCCUAGCCAAGAAUCCAUUACAUAAGUCUUUGGUAAGAAAGAAUGCACAGCUCAAAAGUGUAUUUGGCAAGCCCAAAAAAGAUUGCCCCUCCAUUUCUCGAGAUUACUUUCAGGAAAGCUCAUCCAAACACACUAGUUCCUUCUGAAUGCUCUCUCUUGAUUCCAGUUGAGCUCCAGUUUGUUACAUCUGGGGUCAUUCAGAAGCCUAAUAGUUUUAAGAAGCAGUCCAUUUGUUGCUAUAUCACAUAUUAUUGUGGGAUUUGGGCAAAAGGUUUUGGUUUGUCAUGGCCAUAAUUUUUUUCCUCUGUUGAUUUAUGGAUCAACAUGAUUUUUUAUGUUGCAUUUUUUCUUGAGGAUGUUCCAGUAUAAAAUGUUGACCACCUCAAACUUGAAUGAUUUUUACGAUGACAUGAAUUUCAGAUAUUUUUUAAUUUUUGAUUUUUUUUAUUUAGGUAUGGCUUGUCCUUUGUAUACAUCCUGUGUUCUGUGGUUGCACACCUUAUGCUUUUUUUUAAUAAUUUUUUUAAUUUUAAUAAUGAAAUCAUUACUUAGAAAAAAAAUGUAAUAAGAUAUGCUGCAUUUUACUAGGGCAAGGCUCAAACAAAAUUGGCACGAGAGGCAGAUGAAAGGGCAAGCCAUGAUAUAUUUAAAGCUAG